CAGGGAGGCAAGCAAUUUGUGAAAGCGUUGACCUGAAAGUGUGAAUUAUAUUAAAGUCUCCGGAAUGGGCAUAUACUUUAGAUUCCUGCAUUGAUUCUGGAUUUUAGUGUCAUUCCUUUGGAUCUAUAUCAAAACACUUUAUAUAUAGCUGCUCUCUCUCUUCAUCCCUAACAGCUAACCACAACUUCUGCUUCUAUCUCCUCAACCAACCAAAUUGUAAUAAGAAAGAAGGUAACAGAGUUGGCGAUGGCAGGACAACUAGGAGUGCUUAAUGCACUGGAUGUGGCAAAGACACAAAUGUACCAUUUCACAGCAAUUGUGAUUGCUGGAAUGGGUUUUUUCACUGAUGCCUAUGAUCUGUUUUGCAUUUCCCUUGUGACCAAAUUAUUAGGAAGAAUAUAUUACACAGAUUACACAAAACCAAAGCCAGGUGUACUCCCUCCAAGUAUUCAAGCUGCUGUCACUGGUGUUGCACUUUGUGGCACUUUAGCUGGUCAACUUUUCUUCGGUUGGCUUGGUGACAAACUUGGAAGAAAAAAAGUUUAUGGUAUUACCCUUAUGCUUAUGGUUGGUUGUUCCCUUGCCUCAGGACUUUCUUUUAGUAAUAGUCCAAAGGGUGUCAUGGCAACACUUUGUUUCUUUAGAUUCUGGCUUGGAUUUGGAAUUGGUGGUGAUUACCCUCUUUCAGCUACAAUUAUGUCUGAAUAUGCCAACAAAAAGACUCGUGGCGCUUUUAUAGCUGCUGUUUUUGCAAUGCAAGGAUUUGGAAUCAUGGCUGGUGGAAUGGUUGCAUUGAUCGUGGCUACUGCUUUUGAUCACAAAUAUAAAGUUCCUAGUUAUGAAGAAGAUGCUAAAGCAUCAAUGGUUCUACCUGCUUUUGAUUAUGUUUGGCGUAUUAUUUUAAUGUUUGGUGCUGUUCCGGCUGCACUUACCUAUUACUGGCGUAUGAAGAUGCCGGAGACAGCUCGUUACACAGCUCUUGUUGCUAAGAAUGCGAAACAAGCUGCUUCUGAUAUGUCUAAGGUGUUACAAGUUGAACUUGAAGCUGAAGAGGAAAAAGUGAAUAAAGUUGUUGAGAAUGAAAACCAAAAGUUUGGUCUUUUUAGCAAGGCAUUUGCUAAAAGACAUGGACUGCAUUUGCUGGGAACUACAACUACUUGGUUCUUGUUGGAUAUUGCUUUCUAUAGUCAGAAUCUUUUCCAAAAGGACAUUUUUACUGCCAUUGGAUGGAUCCCUCAUGCAAAAGAAAUGAAUGCAAUUCAUGAACUUUAUAGGAUUGCAAGAGCACAAACACUUAUAGCAUUGUGUAGUACAGUGCCGGGGUAUUGGUUUACAGUGGCCUUUAUCGAUUACAUGGGUCGUUUCGCGAUCCAAUUGAUGGGUUUCUUCUUCAUGACUGUUUUCAUGUUUGCUCUUGCUAUACCUUAUGAUCAUUGGAAAAAGAAAGAAAACAGAAUUGGUUUUGUUGUGAUGUACUCCUUAACUUUCUUUUUCGCUAAUUUUGGUCCAAAUGCUACCACAUUUGUUGUUCCGGCUGAGAUUUUCCCAGCUAGGCUGAGAUCGACUUGUCAUGGGAUCUCAGCUGCUGCGGGAAAGGCCGGAGCAAUUGUUGGUGCAUUUGGAUUCUUAUAUGCUGCACAAAGUAAGCAUAAAAAUGAGACUGAUGAAGGUUAUCCAACUGGUAUUGGUGUGAAGAAUUCUCUUAUUAUGCUCGGUGUUGUUAACUUCCUGGGAAUUGUAUUCACCUUUUUAGUGCCUGAAGCAAAGGGAAAAUCAUUGGAAGAGAUGAGUGGGGAGAAUGAAGAAGAUGGUGAUGAGGCUAUAGAAAUGGCAGGGUCUGCUAGGACAGUACCAGUUUAAUCAAAUUCUCUGUUCAAACUUCCAAGCUGUUAUUAUUAUUAUUAUUAUAACAAUUAUGAGUGUUUUUAUGUGACAAUUUUAAUUUGUUCGGUUUUUCCUUCUGCUAGAUGCAUAACAAUAAUGAUGUAGAUAUUUGUUUUUGUAUGGUGUAUUGAAGAUAAGAUUUGAAUCGAGUUCCUUGGUUUUAUAGGAUCC